UCUUUAGUGUGGGCACCCGGCUGUGACAGUUCGCAGUCUCUUGGUCAUCCCUUGUACUAUCUGCAGUGUCUUGGUCAUUCCCUGUAUUGUCUGCAGUGUCUUGGUCAUCCCUUGUAUUGUCUGCAAUGUCUUGGUCAUCCCCUGUACUGUCCGCAGUGUCUUGGUCAUCCCCUGUAUUGUCUGCAGUCUCUUGGUCAUCCCCUGUGUUGUCUGCAGUCUCUUGGUCAUCCAUCCCCUGUAUUGUCUGCAGUCUCUUGGUCAUCCCCUGUAUUGUCUGCAGUGUCUUGGUCAUCCCCUGUACUGUCUGCAGUCUCUGGUCAUCUUCUGUACUGUCUGCAGUCUCUGCUGUACUGUGUCUGCAGUCUCUGGUCAUCUCUGUACUGUGUCUGCAGUCUCUGGUCAUCACUGUGUCUGCAGUCCUGGUCUCCUGUACUAUGUCCGCAGUCUCUGGUCAUCCCCUGUACUGUCUGCAGUCUCUGGUCAUCUCCUGUACUGUCCGCAGUCUCUGGUCAUCUCCUAUACUGUCUGCAGUCUCUGAUCAUCUCCUGUAUUGUGUCCGCAGUCUCUGGUCAU